AUGAGCAAUAAAAAUCCAAUAAUGUAAGACAAUGCCUAAACUAAUAAUUCUUUGAUUAAAGAAAAUGAUUCAAAAGUUUUAAAUAAUAAAAGUUAAGCACAGUAAUUAACUGAGGAAUAGAAAUAAUUAUAAAUGGAUUAAUUUAAGAAAUUUUUACAACAAACAGGCAUAUCAGAAGCAUUCUAAGUUAUUUUUGCUGAGAUAAUAGAUAAAAGAUUAAAAGAGGAAGAUAGUUAUAAAUAUACAGCUGAUAGAUUGAGAGAGAUUGGAAAAGGUUUGAGUACAGAAUAAAUGAAAGCAAAAGCAGAGAUGUAAAAAAAAGAAUUAGCAGAAAAAAUGAAAAAAAAAUGAGUGACACAUAUUUAUCAUUCUUAUUAUAUGUUUACAACUUAUAAUAAUUUUAUUC